AAGAACGAUUUAUUUAUACGUAAUAUUGUUGUCAUCACAGAGAGAGAGAGAGAGAGAGAAAACUGGUGGUGGUGUGGAUCCAUAUCCAACAAGGGAGGGACCAUAGUAGGAGCGUAGACGCACGUAGAAGAAAAGAACAAGUGAAGGUAAAGUAGAGUGUUUAGCGUAUUGACAUAUAUGCUUUUACCUUUUUCUCGUUUUGCUGUUGAGACAAAAGCAAGAACAAGAAGCACCAAACAGCGACCACAACUCACAAUCCAACCUUCGACCUUCCACGUCACCAUCUUCAUUUCGACGUUGACCCGAGAUAGAUGGGGAAUUCGUUUGGGUGUUCGGCCUCCGGCGAGAGGCUGGUGUCGGCGGCGAGGGACGGUGACUUGGUGGAGGCAAAGAUGCUUCUGAACUGCAAUCCAUGUCUUGCCAAGUACUCAACUUUCGGUGGACUCAAUUCCCCUCUCCAUUUUGCAGCUGCCAAAGGCCAUAACGAGAUUGUGGCAUUGUUGCUUGAGAAUGGAGCUGAUGUCAAUUCAAGAAAUUAUUGUGGCCAGACCGCCUUGAUGCAAGCUUGUAGAUAUGGGCAUUGGGAAGUUGUACAGACACUUUUACUCUUCAGAUGCAAUGUUAUGAGAGCAGAUUAUCUUAGUGGGAGGACAGCUCUUCAUUUUGCAGCUGUGAAUGGGCAUGUAAGAUGUAUUAGACUUGUUGUGGCUGACUUUGUUCCAAGUGCUCCUUAUGAAGCUAUACAUGCUCACACAGAUGUUGACAGGGGUGGCGGAUCAAAUGUGAAAAGCAAACAUGAGCAAAGUGCCCUGUCCAAGUUUGUAAAUAAGACCGCUGAUGGUGGUAUCACUGCCCUUCAUAUGGCUGCGUUAAAUGGGUACUUUGAUUGUGUACAACUGCUGCUUGAUCUUAAUGCAAACGUGUCUACUGUGACAUUUCAUUACGGAACAUCAAUGGAUUUAAUAGGCGCUGGAAGCACUCCGUUGCAUUAUGCUGCUUGUGGGGGCAAUUUAAAAUGCUGUCAGAUCCUCCUUGCACGAGGUGCAAGUCGGAUGGCUUUAAAUUGCAAUGGGUGGCUUCCUCUUGAUAUUGCCAGGAUGUGGGGGCGUCAUUGGCUUGAACCAUUGCUGGCACCCAGUUCUGAUACCACAAUACCUACAUUCCCUCAUUCAAAUUACUUGUCCUUGCCUCUUAUGAGUGUGCUCAACAUUGCUAGAGAGUAUGGACUGCAAUCAUCUACAACCUCCUCUGAUGAGAUUGACUUUUGUGCUGUAUGCCUGGAGAGGCCAUGUUCAGUGGCUGCCGGAGGAUGUGGGCACGAACUUUGUGUAAAAUGUGCACUCUAUCUUUGCUCAACAAACAAUGUUUCUUCUGAACUGCAUGGUCCUCCUGGCUCAAUUCCUUGCCCUCUUUGUAGACAUGGAAUUGUAUCUUUUGUUAAAUUACCGGGUUCCCAAGCAAAGGAAAAUAAACUACACGUGUCUCUUGGCUUGUGUACCCCAUGCAUGCUGCAUCCACGUGACCUAGAUCAGCCAUCCCUUUCUCAUACACCAGAGAUUCGAAGAAACCGUGUAGCUUCUGUUCCUUCAGAGAUACUCUGCCCUGUCACUUGCAGUCCAUUUCCAUCUAUGGCAAUUCCUCUAUGUACUUGCAAUGAUGGUCCAUGUCCUUCAUUUGAACCCCGGGAAGUUGAAACACAGGAUGAAUCACCUCAUCACUCUCAGGCAUCAACAGUGGAUCAGGAUAAAAUUGAUGGGCCAAGACUGGAUAAAACAACCUGCUCUAGCAUGUUUUGGGGUAGAAGAAGUUGCAGCAGGGAGCACCAAUGCAAUUCAGAAAUAAAUGCUUGACUCGUUUGCCAUCUGUAUUGACCUAUUCUUAUGUUGUGGAAUGUGGAUAAUGGAUACACUUUAGAUCGAUAGAGCAGUCCACAGUUGUCUUGUGAACCAGCCUCUAAUACUGGAAAUCAGUGUUAAAGAAGAGAAAAAGCUGCUGCCUGAAUGGGCUUUGCUGCACAGGCUUUAUGGUUAGGUGAUAGAGACAAUUCUGGUUUCAGCAUCACAACCACCUUCUGAAUGCCCUUCUGUGACAAUUUAGAAAGUGUGUGAAAUUAGUUUCAGUUUCAUGAAAUUGUUAUUGUGAUUUAUUGUAAUUGGAUUUCAUUUUAUUAACGAAAAGAAAGUGGUUUUAUAAGAGGAAAAGAAUAUCCUAUGCUUAGCAUGUAUAAGAUUAGGAGUAUUUGUAUAUUAUGCUUGUCAUGAAUUUUAUAGGUUUACGAAGCACAAAUUUGUGGACUGAAACUUGCUGAUGCAGUUAUAAAUAGUUAAAGAAUGUUUGUUUACUUGAGGGUUUCCCUCGUCCACAUUAACAUUGUGCUGCUGAAAUAUUUGCUUAAGAAUGUUU